CCCAAGACGCCUUGAUCGCAAUAGGGACAAUAUGAUAAGGCUAACGUGUCUUACAUGCCACCUUGUUGCAAGCAUCGCUGAAUGACGUCUCAAGACAGGGGUAGGGGAGGUAGGCAUAUUUCGACUUAGGCAGUGGACUCGCGUUUUUAGUAGGUAUGUGUGUAAGGAAAGAAGAAGCCAGUGGACGAAACAUCAGAUAACGACUGCAUGAAGUUAGCCUGCUAACAAGAGAGAGAGAGGGAAGGAGAGAGAGGGAGGGAGAGAAAGAGGGGAGAGUGCUGAAAACAAAUGCCGUCUUCCCCGAAGACAGAUGAUACUACCAUGUUCACCUGCGCAUAUUGUCAGAAUCCUAUAAAGGAAAAACUGGUUCUUGCUGUAAGCGGCCUCAAUUACCACAGACGAUGUCUCCGCUGCGUUGUAUGCCGGGAGUUUCUGACCGACAUAUGCUUUCGGCACAGCGGGGCACUGUAUUGCAAAAGUGACUUUAUUGGCCAGUUUGGCGCCAUUUGUGCCGGAUGUCAUCAAGUUAUCCUUCCAGACGAGAUGAGCCAGUGUAAGCAAGGUCUGGCUUUUCACGACAGCCCGGAAUGUUUCCCACCUUCUGACAUUACGUGAAUUACAGACUACCAAGAAAACAAGCAAACUGAUUUUUGUUUACAAACCUUGGGCAUCAAACAGGACUACAAACCACGACUGCCACGUGCCAGACAGACACGGGUCAACUGGGCCAAAGAGACACCAAUCCUCAAAGCCCAAC